AUGAAACAAGGACUAGAAAUGCUGAAGCAACAACAACAGCGACUCAGUAUGAACAAGAGAUGCGGACCAAAGGGGAGCAUAUUACGGAACUGUACUUUUCAGUCCCUCGAGAGCACUAGAAGAAUGACAGAUCUCGUGCAUGGGGCUAAGGAGGCAGGUAUCCGUUCUCUGGUCCUGAUUGAUGAACAUGGAGAACAGCUUGAUCGAAUCGAGGAUGACAUGAAUCAGAUUAAUGAAGACAUGGAGGACGCAGAGAAAAACCUAGAGGGACUACAAAAGUGCUGUGGACUGUGUGUGCUACCCUGGAAAAGGCCACAGAUGUUUAGGAGAGGUGGAGAUUAUGAAAAUACCUGGAGGCUUUCCGAGGAUGGCAAAUUGAGUUCCGAUAGAAGACGAGUAGCUGCAGGCAGAAACACAAAUUCUAAGGGUCCAAUUAUUACUAGAAUAACCAAUGACGAGAGAGAGGAUGAAAUGGAACAGAACUUGACAAAUGUGGGUUAUGUUCUGGGAAACCUGCGAGAAAUGGCCAUUGACAUGGGGAGUGAAAUAGAGUACCAGAAUAAGCAACUGGACCGCAUAAAUUUCAAGACCCAGUCCAAUGAUUGGAGGAUACAGAUGGCCAACCGAGAGCUGCAGAAGUCAUUAAGGAAAAUUAAUAAUAUCUGA